ACAGCAGCAGCGGGCGGAGGGGAGUGGAGCGGCGGCGGCAGCGGCGGCGGCAGCAGCGGCGCGGAGGCGGCGGAGGUGCGAGUCGCAAUGCAGCAAGUCUUGGAUAACCUUACGGAGCUGCCCUCAUCUACAGGAGCAGAAGAAAUAGACCUAAUUUUCCUCAAGGGGAUUAUGGAGAAUCCUAUUGUAAAAUCACUUGCUAAGGCUCAUGAGAGGCUAGAAGAUUCAAAACUAGAAGCUGUUAGUGACAACAACUUGGAAUUAGUCAAUGAAAUUCUGGAAGAUAUCACUCCUCUAGUCAAUGUGGAUGAAAAUGUGGCAGAACUGGUUGGUAUACUCAAAGAGCCUCACUUCCAGUCACUGUUGGAGGCCCAUGAUAUUGUGGCAUCAAAGUGUUAUGAUUCACCUCCAUCAAGCCCAGAAAUGAAUAAUUCUGUCAAUAAUCAGUUAUUACCAGUAGAUGCCAUUCGUAUUCUUGGUAUUCACAAAAGAGCUGGGGAACCAUUGGGUGUAACAUUUAGGGUUGAAAAUAAUGACCUGGUAAUUGCUCGAAUUCUUCAUGGAGGCAUGAUAGAUCGACAAGGUCUGCUCCAUGUGGGAGAUAUCAUUAAAGAAGUCAAUGGCCAUGAGGUUGGAAACAAUCCGAAGGAGUUGCAAGAAUUACUGAAGAACAUUAGUGGAAGUGUCACCCUGAAAAUUUUACCGAGCUAUAGAGAUACAAUUACUCCUCAACAGAGUUGCAUCAAAAUGGAGAGGCACCCAGCACACGCCCAUCAGGUAUUUGUGAAGUGUCAUUUUGAUUAUAAUCCAUACAAUGAUAACCUAAUACCCUGCAAAGAAGCAGGAUUGAAAUUUUCAAAAGGAGAAAUUCUUCAGAUUGUAAACAGAGAAGAUCCAAACUGGUGGCAGGCUAGCCAUGUAAAAGAGGGAGGAAGCGCUGGUCUCAUUCCAAGCCAGUUCCUGGAAGAGAAGAGAAAGGCAUUUGUUAGAAGAGACUGGGACAGUUCAGGACCUUUUUGUGGAACCAUAAGUAGCAAAAAAAAGAAAAAGAUGAUGUACCUUACAACCAGAAAUGCAGAAUUUGAUCGUCAUGAAAUCCAGAUCUAUGAGGAGGUAGCCAAAAUGCCUCCCUUCCAAAGAAAGACAUUAGUAUUAAUAGGAGCUCAAGGUGUGGGACGAAGAAGCUUGAAAAACAGGUUCAUAGUGUUGAAUCCCACUAGAUUUGGAACUACAGUGCCAUUUACUUCACGGAAACCAAGGGAAGAUGAAAAAGAUGGCCAGGCUUAUAAAUUUGUGUCACGUUCUGAGAUGGAAGCAGAUAUUAAAGCUGGAAAAUAUUUGGAACAUGGGGAAUAUGAAGGAAAUCUCUAUGGAACCAAGAUUGAUUCUAUUCUUGAGGUUGUCCAAACUGGACGAACUUGCAUUUUGGAUGUCAACCCACAAGCCCUGAAAGUACUGAGGACAUCGGAGUUCAUGCCCUAUGUUGUGUUCAUUGCUGCUCCAGAACUAGAGACUUUACGUGCCAUGCACAAAGCCGUAGUGGAUGCUGGCAUCACUACCAAGCUUUUGACGGACUCUGACUUGAAGAAAACAGUGGAUGAAAGUGCACGAAUUCAAAGAGCGUACAACCACUAUUUCGAUUUGAUCAUCGUAAAUGACAAUCUAGACAAAGCCUUUGAAAAGCUACAAACUGCCAUAGAGAAACUGAGAGUGGAGCCUCAGUGGGUCCCCAUCAGCUGGGUUUACUGAUGACUCAAUAAGGUUCACAAUUAAAAUCCAACUUUUAGAAAAUGAUUACAACAAUUAAACCUUCUACUGAGAAAAUUUGUGUGCAGAUAGAAGCUACCUGCCAAGUCCAGGCAUUUUUACUGUGUAGAUUGAAAUACCAGUACACCAUUCUGAAUUUUUAUAGAAAAUGUGGUUGGGAAGGUGUACUAAUAUAUAAUUUAUCUUAAUUUUUCUAACUUUUUAUGGACAAUCUAUUCAUACCACAUAAAGAAAUGCGUUGAAGCAUUUUGUAUGUUUUGUUUUAGUACCCUUGCCUUUUUCAUCAGGAAUUUUCAACUCAUUCAUUCGAACAUUGGUCUCACAUUUUCACUGUGAUGAUAAAUACUUGAAAUAGUUUUGUAGAGUUGUCAUUUAGUCCAGUAUUUAACUAAUGAAAAGAGAAAAUAGUGAUUGGCCUUCUUUCCUAAUAUAAUUCCUUACAGAAGAAGAACUUCGAUGUCAGUGCUGCAGCGAGUCUUUUACCAUCCAAAUCUGACAUCAGAAGUCUGCUCAAUGCUGCGUGGUUUUGUUAUUUCAGAGAUGUAUGGCUGUCCGUUCUGAUUUAUGCAGACAUGCUGGUGUUUUUCCCCCUCAUUUCUAACUUCAGUGGAAAAAGGAAGAGCAAUACCUUGCACUCUCAUUUGUUGCAAAGACAGGCUAAUACUAAGUUAACAUGUACACAGCAAGCAAGGCGGGGCAGGCUCAGAGAGUGCCUUCCGUAACACCUUACAGUGAAAUGGCACAGUUGACUUAUUUUCACAGGGAAAAAUUUAACUGAUAAAAAUGAACUUACUUCCUUAGACACAUUUUUAUUAGGAUAUAGUCAGCAACUGUACUAUGCUUCCGCAUAUUUCUGUGAUCCUUAAAAAUGCCUCUAAGUUUGCAGUUUGAAGGGGUUGUUGAACAAUCAGUGUGCUUUUUGAAGUACAAUGUGAUCAUUAAGGUAUUUGUUAGAUUCGUUGUGCUGAGAACCCAAUCCACUGAAUGAUUUUUAAAAUUUGGAAGUAACUGUCAGCUGUUUUAUCUAUAUAUAACAUAUGUAUUAUAUAAUAUGUACAUUGUGUAUAUUAUAUAAUAUAUAUUAAAUCAUUGUGGGUUUUUUACAUUUCUGUAAGGAAAUGCACUUUUUUUGUUUAAUGAUUAGGAAAACGGUUCUCUAGCUGCAUUAAUAUGUACACAUUUCCAAAAUUCACCUUAGCUAAUACCUUCCUUUAGGAUUCUUAUAUGGUAUAAAUCCUUGCUAAAGUGUACUCAGAUGCAGCUCAUCAUUAAACUAAGUCAGCCACAUUUUAUAUUGAUGCUGUAGAUUUUCACAUAAACAGUACUCACAUUUAUAGGGCUUGGUGCUUAAAUGUGGGUGGUUGUCUUUGUCAGGUGGCAGGCACCUGGCUGCUGAAUUUGUAUCUCCCUCACCAGAGCUGUCCAGGGAAUGCCAGCAGGGGUGCUGGAGUGGGGAAAAAAAGCCUGGCAAUGAGGAGUAAGCACACUUUUAAGUCUUUUCACAAUGAAACAAAACUCUCAAGCUGCUAUAUUGUUAAGAUUGAAAGUCCAUAAGUAUUUUUUUAAUUCCAGAUUUCAUAUCCAGAACACAAAUUCACGUUCUUUGUCCUAGGAUAGGAAAUUGGUGGCAAAAUGGAUCACACUCUUUUAGUAACUUUGGUACCUUUUAAACCUCCUAUACUACAUCACAGUAUUGGCUUCUCAGAGCAACAUGAGUUAAAGCACAGUGCUGAGGUGAUGUCCUGUGACUUAGUGUUUCAGCACACUGUAAAUGUUAUGAGAAAUUUCAUUUCCACAUUCUCUGGUGUGCCUUCAUCUUUGAACAACUUUGGGAUUCUUGUAGACAUUUUGGAUUUGUGGACAAACAGUUUAUCUACAAAUAUUUCAACUGUCUUGGCAAAUAGAGAUGAUUUUUACAUCAUAUGUAUUUUUUGUUGUAUCAUGUAGUAUAAAAUGCAUAUUAUUUAGAAAACAGUCAAUACAUAAAGGAAUUAUUCCUAUUAUAAAUGGUACUCAUCACUAACUACUUAGUUAAUACAUACUGGAUCCCUCCUAAUAUGAAAUAAAAUGAUGUAGUUCAUUUCAGACUAGAUGCCAGAACUGAAAAAAAAUACAUUUAGAAAAGUUCGUUGUAUCUCAAUAAAUAGUAAUUGAACUUGAAACUCAAGUCCCAUCUGAGUCUUCAGGAACCAGCAGAGCUCAGCUGGUCAAGGAGCCCCAGCGGCCCAGAGUUUCUCCCACAGCAGUGAGAACACGGUUGUGAUCACGGGCUUCUGUUGUGGGAGACGGCUAAGGUAAUUAGUUUAACUGAAGAGAGCAUGGUUUAAUGGGAUGUUUAACAGUCGGUAAUAUUUACAGUACACACACACUUGCUUUUGCUUUUGGGAAACAUGAUGUGCCAUUCCUUGUGGGCAGGUGAGUAUCUGCAUUUAGAUUCAGGGCAUGACUAUUUAUGUACAACUAAAAAAUAUAUAUAUAUAUUCAGAUGUACAAAUACCCAGAGGUGAUAUCUCUGGGUAAAUAAUUUAAAAUUUAACCUUAACUAGUGGAAUACCAGGUCUGUCCGGAAAAAGUCCAGCCAUCGUUUAUCUAAUGAGAACAGUUUGUGCAACAUUAAUGUAACCUGGCAGCCAAGGAGAGUGGAUUGGAAAGUGCAUGAGGAGCAAUGUCAACUUCACUGUAACAGUCAGUGGGGCUGGUAGACGCUGUUGAGUGAGCGUGUGUACUGUGUGGCUGCCACAUUCAAAAUGAGGAAGUAGAACAACAAACCUGCAUCACAUUUUGCAUUAAGCUUGAAUAUUCCUCCACGGAAACUAUCAGGAUGAUUCAGAGGGCCACAGCUAUGGGCAACUUGAUUGGCAGCUUCAUCACAACAAUGCAGCCACUCACACAUCACAUCUCAUGCAGAGGUUUUUGGUGAAACAUCAAAUCACCCAAGUGACUCAGUCCCCCUACAGCCCAGAUGCGGCACCCUGAGACUACUGGCUUUUCCCAAAACUAAAAUCACCUUUGAAAGGGAAGAGAUUUCCAACCAUGGAUGAGAGUCAGAAAAAUAUGAUAGGGCAGCUGGUGGUGUUUGGGAGAACUGUGUGAGGUCCCAAGGUGCCUACUUUGAAGGGGACUGAGGCAUCAUUGUCCUAUGUACAAAGGUUCUUUUAUCUUCUUCAAUAAAUGUCUCUGUUUUUCAUGUUCCAUGGCUGGAUACCUUCUGGACAGACCUCGUAUAUGUGAAGAGCUAUAAGUAGAAUUUCACCUUCAUUAUAGCCAGGCCUCAUUUUGCAGUUUCAGUUUCUAUUUGAUGCUUGGGUAAUAGCAAAUAUUCAAUGCUUCAAGACUUGAUUUAUUUUUGCUAACCUUAACUAUACAGUUGCUGAACAUAGCUUACUAAAAAAUUGUUAUUGUAAACCCAGAGUGACUACAGCUAUAGUAACCUGAACCCCAGAUUUGAAGCUAGUAAAACUUAUUUGUAAUUGCUUAGAAGGACAAGUUUUCCUUAAAAGAGAAAGUUGAUUAUUAAUACAAAUUGAGGAAAUGCAAACUAGCAAAAAAAUACAAUAAUAUGGCAUUAUAAAUUAUGGCCAGAUACUAGAUACUUUGACCAUAAUAUCCCAAUAACAAAAGGUGAUCUUUACUUUAAAAAUUUAUGAAAUUGGUAUUUAUUUUUUAUGUAUAUCAAGUGUCAUGAUCGUGAUUGAGGUUGAUUUUCAAGAUGGAUAGCCAUGGAGUUAGGUGCAAUUAUUUUGAAUUGUUAAAGUUUGAAAAGUGGUCAAAAUAAUGAUCUGCUUACAUUGUGUGCUUUUACAGCCUCUGAAACAACACUCCAAGUUCCAGAAACCACAGGCUAGAGAGCCAGUAAUUUUGUAGUAAUGAGCCUUUAUACUAAAUAUGGAAAAAGCAAUCCCAAAAUUUUAUGUAUAUAGACAACAGGUCAUUUUUUAAAUGUUUGAGUCACCAUAUAUAUAAUAUAUAUAUAAGCUAUGUGUAUAACAUGUAAAAUUCUUCCAAAAUACAUGAAUAAUAAAACUAAAUAUAUUCACCCAUGUAAUUAUAACUAGUGUUCUUAAAUUUUAUUUUACUUUCUAAACGUCUUUUAAUUCAACUUUUUAAAUUUUUAAUUACUCCCCAAUUGUACAUUCUGGAACUUUUUUCACAUUGUUUAAAAGGGCUUUGGUUUUUACCUUGAGUCAGAAUCCAAUCUCCUUUUUGAUAAAUCAGUGAAAUAUUAAGCCUAUAAAAUUGUCAUUAUAACUUAAUUUCCUUAAGGAAAAAAGGAGAGUCCUAGAUGAAAACCUCUUGGGAAAUACUUAUUUAAGCCUUCUAAUGAAUUCAGGGUACGGUUCAUGCUUAGAGACUGUGUUACCUGCCCUCUUCUUGUUUCAAAGGAUGUGCUAUGAGAAUCCAUGUAAUAACAUCUGUAAUAUACUUUAAGUUUUGGGGACGAAUUCAGUAUUUUAAAUGAUAGGAUUAUUUUAUAUAGUACAAGUGAAUAUUAUUUACAGACUUAAGAAUACCAUUGACUAAUAAUUCAACAUAUCAGUUUUUAUGUAAAUAUGUAUUGUAUUCCUGAGGAAGAUAACAAUUCUAUAAUUUUUUAAGGUAAGAUUAUUUUUAAAUGCAUUUUUGUUAGCUUCAAGUUUUAUUCAUUUAAAAAUACCCCAUAAUUUGUUGUGUUACUUCCUGUGUUCCUGGAAUGAUUUAGUGCACAGAAUCAAAAAUGAGUCCUUAUCCACCAAAAAGUAAAGGAAAUGAUGAUCUCAAAUUUCUAAGGUAAGAAUUUAAAAGCAUAGUUUGCACUUUUGCAAUACACUGCACUACUUUCUUUAAAAUAGUCUCCCUUUUGGUAAAAAUAGAGAUGAUAUACUUCUUUCCAGCUGAGAUAUAAUUCUGACCCUUGACCAUGUGACCUUUGGUAAAACUUGUAUAUCUCUUGAAUUUUAAUAUUCCAUUUGUUAAAUAAGGCUAACUUAACAUUCGUCUUCAGUUUAAAUUACAAGAAGUAAUUUGGAACUCUGAUGUGCUAAACUACAAAGUCUUUAUUAGGCUACUUUAUUUGUUUAUUGUAUGUUAUUUGCUUACACUGAGGUUAAUUAUUUUUAGUUCUUUUAAAGUGUACGUGUACAUCUUUCAGAGGUAACAGUAAAUGGUGCACACCAUUUAGGAAUCUUAUCUUCAUGUUGGGCUCUGAGGACGUAGUUCCAGCCUGGAAGAGGGUAUGUUUUGCUCUCAUAGUGGCCCUGGGCAGAUGGUCCAUUUUAGUUUGAAUCCCAUUCCAAGUCCAACCAGACCAGUCACAGGUCAGACUAGUAAGCAAUCCAGUGCUCUAUUACAUCAGCAGACACACUGAUCUUUGUUUGCCCCAUGAAGCUGCCCUACCCUGUUAUUAAUGCCUGAAAUUGAUCACCAUAGCCCAUAUUGUCUAACUGAUAGUAUUGUAUAAAGUUUAAAAGGUGUCUGUUUCUGGUGGACCUCUAAUCUGAAUGCUUUUUACAUUCCCUUUCUAAUUCCCCAUGGCUGUUGGCUGGCUGAUAAUGUGGUGCUGUGAUGGUAAAUCUAACCUGCCUCCACACACCAAAGUCAGUCAGAAACAACACCUCUCUCUCUCUCUUUUUUUUUUAAACUGCUAACUGUUACUGUUUUCUAAUCUCCAGCACAAACUGAAUGAACACAUCUACAGCUAACAUAAAUGCUGCUUAUAACUUGAGUGACGGAAUCACUGAGUGCUUGUAAACCUGUCUAGAGUCCCAGCAAACAGGCUACAUAGAGCAGAAGCCCAAAGAUCUUAUUUUAAAAGUUGGGAAUUGAGGUCUUUACUGUACUUCAGAAACAGCAAGCCAUGGGUAGAAACACAAAUCUGACAGCCAUACCUGAAAUUUUGCUUUCCUCAUACCAGUCAAGGUGACUUGAGAGCUUGGAGGAAGAGGAAAAUGCAUAGCGUUAAAAACUCCUCAGCUGUAAGUUACCAGCAUUAAACCCGAAGUCAUUACCAGAUUGCCAGUUAAAAUAUGUGAUUUUCCUCUUUAAAGAGGAGAGACGGGCAGCAGUGUAAGUCACAUUGUUCAGAACACAGGAAAGUUGCUCUGGUGAACGUGGUCCAAGGGAGGAACGCCAUCCAUGCCUUUUCAGGUAGAACCAGACUGGAGCUCAUUUCCAUCUGUGGUGGAAAUGCAGGAUGAGUAUUUCCUCUGGCUGUAUGCUGUGUUAAAGAGGGCUCCAGUCUCUUCAGUAGCAUUGAUUGUCAAGGAAGCGGUAUCUUGGAUUUUGCUGUAGAUGAGUGAGCGCUAGGGUUCGGCAACAAAUGUCAUUUUCUGCAUAAUAUGUUAAGCUCUGUUAGAGGCUAUGAUGAGUAUUUGUUGUAAAAUCCUUGCUUUGGGAGAUUUUUUUCCAUUUCAUUUUGGUAUAUCUUUAUUUUGAGCACAAAUGCAUGCUCUUUUUAACCUCUAUGAAAUGAUUGUAGAAUUUUUUUAAGCAAGGACAAAAUCUUGUUAGCAACCAAAAAAAAAUCAAAGCUGAACAAGCUGCUAAAGUAAGUUUCUGAUGAAAAAAAUUUAAAAAUAAAAAUUGCUACUGCUUUCCAAGUAAUUGUAUUGCUAAUUCCUAUGUAAAAGAAACUAUCCUUAUAUAAAUAAAGUUUUCCUGUAGUACAGUUAAGUACUGAUUUUUUGAAAACUGUCCCUAUAAAUUUUUUCCACAUUUUCAUGUGCUGUCCAAAACAAAAAUUAUUGAAAUGAUCUAUCUGUGAAAUUGCAUACACCUGGUAAAAUAUUUUUGUAUGUAAAAAGAAAUAAAUAUUUAAUAUUGGAAAAAUGUAGUGUUUUAUUUAUAAGUAGAACUGAGGCUUUCAAAUAAUAAAAUACAGAGGAUAUGAGAUUAGCUUUGGAACCUUUUUUUAAAUGAUAAUCAUUUUUGUAAAAACCCUCUGAUGUCAUUUAGUUUUUCCCACCAAGAUAAAUGUGUAAAUUUUCCACCUGCCUCUCCUGUUUAACAAGGAAACCCUAACUAUUAUUUCCUCUACACCAGCCCAAGCUUUCAGACAAUGUACUUGAGGAACAUCGAAGACAGAGAAGAUUAAAAUAUAGGAUCAAGAAAAGGCCUCUCUGCUUAGAUGGCAUGGGAUGGUACUAGGGCCAUUUCCCAGCCACCCAAGAAGGAGAAACCGUGGUGGGAAAGACAAGUCUGCUGCGGCACACAGCUCGGCCCCGAGGCCCGUGGUGAGGAGGGGAAGGGGACCCACCUGGCUGGCCAGGAGAUGGAGGUGUGACUGGGUGAGUGCAGGAAACCUCUUUCCAGAAAGGGUACUCUGAUACUCUUUCCCAAGCUGGUUUCUGGGACUCCACCUCAUAAUUAAGAAAUUGCUGCAUGAAUGUAUUUCUGGUGUCUCUAAAAGAAUCAUGAUUCAUAUAUAGCGGUUCCUUGAAUAACGUCAGUUUUGUUUAAUGUUGUUUCGUUCUAACGAUGUGAGGAAAACAUUACUGGCUGAGGCCACUGUGUGUGUGGUUUGCCUGUUCUUUCCAUGUCUGCGUGGGUUUUCUCUGGGAACUCCGGUUUCCUUCCACAUCCCAGAAACGGCAUGUUGGAUUAAUUGGCGCGCCUGACUUGUGCCAGACAGAGCAUAUAGGUGUGGGGUGAGUGGCCCUGUGAAGGAAGGGCGUCCUGUCUGGUGUGGGUCUCACCUUGUGCCCUGUGGUGCUGGAAAGACUUCAGCCAUCUGUGACCCUGAACUGGUAUUAUCAGGUGGGAAAAUUGCUCUCUUACUUUUUUUUAUCAUCAUAAAUGCUUGUUAUAGCUCACAUCUAUUUCGUUGUUUAAUAUUAGAAGUAUUUUGGGUCUUUAUUUAGAAGUUUGGUGUUGAUUUUAUGACCAGAAAUAUGCCGUAAGAACUUCACGCAUGGGUCUUGACUCAUGUUUAUAUUAAUCAGCUUAUGGUUAAAAAUGAUUUUGUUCCAUGUUUCGCUUAAAGCUGCAGUUUCCCAGAAUCUCAAUGACAUUAAAUGAGGAUUUAAGCAGUUCAUUUCUCUAUCUUAUACUACCUGUCAAUUUGCUGUCACCCCAGUAACAAGUUAGCACAAUUUAGCAGCUUAACACGAGGCUGAUCUGAGCUCUGGGGGGUUUGAAACCCAGCACAGGCCCCAGCAGGCCGCAGUUGAGAUGCCUCCGGCUGCCCAGGCUCCUCUCUGGAGGGGACUCGAGUUGGGUUGUUGGCCAACUUCAGGUUCAUGCAGCUGUCGAACUGAUGUCCCCGCUUCCUUACUUGCUGUUGGAUGGACUGUCUUCUCAUCCUGAAUCACUCCCCUGUGUUCUGAGCCAGCAGCAGCACUGAAUCCUUGUCAUGCCUCAUCUUUUCUGCAUUUUUUCAGCCAGGUCUCUCACUGAUUCUUCUCCCUUUUUUAAGGGCUCACCCAAAUAAUCCAGGAUAAUUUGUCUGUUUCAAGGUCCCUAACAUUAAAACUUCUAUAAAGUUCUUUUUCAUUAUGUAACAUGCUCACAGGUUCCAGGGCUUCCUAGGUUGUGGGCACCUUUAAGAGGCCAUCGUCAGGCCACACCUCACUAGGUGGUCAGUGUUGCUGCUUGUGUCCGUUUAUGGAAGAGCAGCGGUCGUGGAAACGUCAGCGUUAAGGGGGCUGCCCUGUUCUGUCACAGGAAAUACCACUCUGCUUAGCCUGUUAGGGCUUGUUUCCAAUAAGUAUGGUUCUUGAUCUCAAGCAGUAAGUAAGGUUAAUUUCAAAUUAGUAAUCAUAUUUAAGGAUACAGAUACCAGUGAGAAGACACUCCUGGAGGCCCAGUGCCGCCCGCACUCAUCGGCACUGCCAGCCCACCACGUCCCAGCGGAAGCCUGCUGAGAAGCCCGGCUGUAACCGGGGCUGGGAACUCCUAUCCCAGCCUAAGACUGUGUCCAGCUGGUAACUGGCCAGUGUUGGGGCAACUGUGGAAACAGCUAAAAUGCCUGUCGCUUCUUUGAUGUGACCCAAGCUUUUCACACUUGCUGGGACGGUAUCUUUCUGUCUGAGGUGUAUCUUUGUGUGUGUUGGUUUAGUUUUUUUAUUAUUUAGAAGAUAAUAUAUACAAAAUUCUAACAGGAAUGGAAGGGUGAACCACCUGCUUCCCCUGCCUUUUGCCCUAACCUCUAAAUCCUCUCCCCGAAGGAGCCACUGUUGGGUUUCAAGUGGACUCAUAAAUGAGAUUUCCAUGCAUGGCGAUCCACGUAUAUCUAGUUUUUCCACAAGCAGACUCAUAUCCCGUCUGCCUACAGUGUAUUCCUUAUAUGUAUUUUAUUUCAGAAAACCAAACAAAUGCUGGCACGAGUUGUGCCAGCAUUUUCGCACUUUUUCUUUUGCAUGUUGCCUUCCAAUUUGUGCGUACGGCACUUCUUUUCUAUAUUGUUGCCACCACAAUGUACAGCUAUGCAACCUUUUUUCUCACGUCAUAGGUAUUUGCAUGAGGGUAGUCUCAUUUUUCAGAGGUGACGGAAAGGUUCAUUUCUCACUAAAAUCUCAAAGGCAGGGAGGGGAGAAGUAGAUGAUGGUGAGGUAAAAAAUGUGCUGAACAACACAUUUCUCUCCAACAGCGCUGCCCUUCGUCCCCACUGCCUCCUAAGUGACACAAAUUGUCACAGUAAAGCUCAGCCACGUUUUGCUAAGGGAGAGCAAGAGGGGUUUCAGGUCCCCAGGCUAGUUAUAGUAGAAGGAUGUGGAAACAAGAAAAAGCAAAAUCCAUACCAUUCAGAGUUUCCUUUGAUAUAAUAUGUAUUUUACAAAUUAAACAUCCAGCAUGCAUGGAAAAUCAGC